AUUUUUAAUCAGGCGGGGUCCUGAGCUUUGCCGUGUGUUGAACUGGAGUGAAGUUUUUGGGCAACCAUCACUACUAGCUUACUCGUCACCACGGUGGCCGGGAACCCUAACGCUCUUUUUUGUUGUUGUGUCAUUUAAUAGUCACGGAGGCGACUAUGGACGUCGCCCGGACAUUUUUUUGUGUCAUUACCGUAUUGUUUGUUGUAGUUUGCGAGAGGUUUUUGGCGCUGGCCGCCUUCUCCCAGUCUCUGGACAGCGACUUCACGUUCACUCUGCCCGCUGGUCGCAAGGAAUGUUUCUACCAGACUAUGAAGAAAGAUGCCUCACUGGAAAUAGAAUAUCAGGUAUUGGACGGUGCAGGCCUCGACAUCGAUUUCUACAUCUCUUCUCCCUCUGGGCAGAUACUAUACAGUGACCAGCACAAGUCAGAUGGGAUGCACACCAUUGAGACCGAGGAGGGGGACUACAUGUUCUGUUUCGAUAACAUGUUUAGCACAGUCUCAGAGAAGCUCAUCUUCUUCGAGCUCAUCCUGGACAACAUGGACGGCGACGAGGAGCCCGACGACUGGAAGGAGUAUGUGCACGGGACGGACAUGUUGGACAUGAAGCUGGAGGACAUCAUGUACACCAUCAACAACGUGAAGGCGCGCCUGGGCAAGAGUGUGCAGAUCCAGACGGUGCUGCGCGCCUUCGAGGCCCGCGACAGGAACCUCCAGGAGAGCAACUACUACAGAGUCAACUUCUGGUCGGUGGUCAACCUGGUCGUGAUGAUGCUGGUGUCAGGCGUCCAGGUCUACUUGGUGCGCUCGCUUUUUGAAGACAAGAGGAAGAUUCGUACAUAGCGUCCCCCAGAGCCACCUGGGAAUGGAGAGAGCAAGAAAUGGUGAUAAUUUCUGGAGAGCUUAUAUAUGCACACAACACAACAAACCGCUUUUUAGGUCCUCUAACCACUGGAUUUGUCAUUUCCAUAAUGGGACAUAAUGUUUUAAUGACAAGACCUUUAGCAGGUCUUAACCUAGGAUUUGUUACACUGUCGACACUUUUGUGUGUACCUUGAUGCUGUAGUGUGAUACAGUUCUCCGUCUGGCUGACCCAAUGUCGCGUUCAAAAGCGCCAAAUUUCAUAAAGUGGACCAAUAAGUGAGUUGAUCUCUUUUGGAAUGAAGAUUCUACCAGUUACUGAACAACCAUAAAGAAACCAUGGAAAGGUGCUGCUGUGAUUGGAGGUAUUUAUUCAUUUACUUGUAAAUGUGUAAAAUAAAAGAAAAUGUUUUUAACGCUUAA